AUGAUUUUAAAGCUGCUGGCAGUUCUGUUAAUGUCCUGGGGUGCUGGACAAGCCCAGAGAUCGACCCAGGAUGCAUUUAUGAUGGAUUAUUUUCAGAGAAGAAUUCUGGAGCUGGAGGAACGUCUGAUGAGAUGCGAUCGUGAGCUCCAGAUCUUUAACCAGAAGAUGUACGACGUGUCUACAGAGAUGCGCGGCCAGCUCCGCAACGUGAACACCCUAAAGUCAGAGAUCCAAAACUUUAUGAACAGCCUGAGCACACGGGUGGACCGGGUGGAGAGAGACGUGGAGUACCUACACAGUAAAGUUCCAGAAUCUUCUAGCAUUGAGAUCUCAGAAACUCUGCUGGAGCAACAGGUUAAAGAAGCUCAAAUCAAGAGGAAAGCCGUGGUCAGCAAGCAGGAAAAAGAGUGCAACAUUCAAGUUGUUGGCAUCAAAUCGCAAAAAAUAGUCCAGAAGGCAGGCGAUAACAUCGGCUCCUGGCUGAAGGACCCAACCAAAUAUUCCUCAAAGAUCUACUUAUUUAGUGGCUCGAGGAACACGACACUACUUCAGUUUCCUUCUCUUCAGACCUUCACUGACUCAAACUCAUCCAGAAAGGCUCACGUCAUCCAGCUCCCUCUGCCCUGGCAAGGAAGUGGCCACGCCGUCCAUGAUGGGUUCCUCUACUAUCACAAUGCUAAUUCCCCAAAUGAAGUGCUGAAGGUUCACCUCCUCAACCGCACCAUAGCUGACCGAAUGCUCCUGCCCAACGCUGGUCGCAUGCCUGUCUAUGCGCUCUCGCCACACACCUUCCUGGACUUCGCUGUGGAUGAAAUCGGAUUAUGGGUCAUCCAUGCAGAUCCAGAUUUCGGAGGGAACCUCGUGAUCACCAAGCUGGACUCAAGCAGCCUGGCGGUGGAGCACACGUGGGACACCAGCUGCAAGAGCAGCGAUGCUGAGGGAGCUUUUAUAGUGUGUGGUACCCUGUACGUGGUCUACAACUCACGGUCCGGAGGGCGCUCCAGAAUCCAGUGUCUGUAUGAUAUCCAUGAUACUAUCUUACCUGAUGAUAUACCUGUGAUUUACUUUCCAAAACGCUAUGCCAGCCAUUCUGCUAUGCACUACCACCCACAAGAGAGUCAGGUCUAUGCCUGGGACGAUGGCUUCCAGACUAUCUACAAGCUGGAGAUGGGAAGGAAAUUGUAA